UUAUUUUUGUUUUUGUGUGUUAACAGUAAUCUUGAAAAUAUUCUAUAUUCAAAAGAAUACAUAAAAAUUAACUUAUUUUUGUGGUGAAAAAAUUAUUUUUAAAUUGAGAGGUUGCGUGUUUUGUAUUUAAGUCUUAUUAGAGCAUUUUUUUUAAUUACAAGUCCAUGGCAUGGCGUAAAGAUUACUUUACGUUCUUACCAACACCUUGUACAUGGCAUGGCGUAAUGUACAUGGCAUGGACGUUCUUACCAACACUUUAUAUAUUAGUAAAGAUGUUACCUAAGAUGUUAACAAUGUGUAAUUUGGUUAUAUGCAAAUAUUAUUCAACUAUAUACUGUUGUACUUAGAAGCAUAACCAUUACCUUUCUAAAUAUGCUCCUAUAUAAAGGUGUGUUAUACAGGCUCCCUCACCACCAGCCAUCUAAACAAACUACAAACAAAAUGCCUUCCUCCUCGAAAGCUGAUGUUAUCUCCCAAGGAGCUAGUGACAACAUGAGUGACGACGCUGCUUCUCCGACCAAAUCAAAGGAGAAGAUAGAGGGUCUCUCUCCCAAUCGGGAAGAUAGGGCCAAAAUGAAAAAGAUCUUAUCUGAGAGUGCAGACAAGGGAAAGGUCGUUGCCCUCACCCCUUCUGAUGCCAUACCCCCAGUUGUUGGUAAGGGAAAACGUAAGUCGCUUGCCUUAUCCCUAAGCAAAGGAGACAAGGGCAAGGGAAAGGCUGGAGAAGGGUUCUGCAAAGAUAAGAAAGGGAAGGGGGUAAUGUCAGCCAAAAAGGCGAGAAGGUCAGCCAGAAAGAAAAGGAAGCUGGAGUCGAAAAUGCUUCUUCAAGCAUGUUUGGUGAGGGUGAGGUGCAUCCUUACUAUCGGAAAGAGGUGAUGAAUCCUUGUGUGAAAAGCAAGCUGCUGGCUCAACUGAGGACGUUUUUUGGCCACAGGAAUGAUGAAUCCUCUGCUAGUGACUCCUCCAGCUGCACUGAAGAUGAAUCUGUAGGGAAACCCACCAUGGGAGAGUCCUCUAAUGCAGGCAAUGGGAAUGCUGGUGAAGAGUUUGGGGUGAUUGUGAGGAGCUUAUCACCUGGAGACAUAGGUGUGAUGUACACUAUCACCAUUGAUCAAACCUUUGAUCAUAUCUACAACGACUAUGCUGCUAGACUUGGUUGCCAACCCACAUCCUUUUGGUUGACAAAAGAAACAAAUGGUUUUCCUGUUGAUGCAAAAGACACCGCUCGACAAGCUUCAAUUAGGAAUGGAUCAAUUUUAAUCUCCAAUGGGAAGGAUCCCCAAGCCAACAUGGAUACAACAAUGAGGAGGUUCUAUCUUGCUGAUGUUAGUGGGUCUUCCAGGAAGAUGAAGGUCCAAGCACAGCUCCAUGUCAGAAUCACAAAACUCUAGUAUAUAUCAGAAUCCAAUAAGUAAGUUAACGCAAACCAAAACCCAAAAAUACAAGACUACAAGUUCAAAACCUUACCCCACUAGAGAAAUCAUCCAACAAAGGAUCAGUUUAUAUCACGAAAUCAUCACCACAACCUUACUCCAGCAGAGAAAUCAGGAAUUGUCAAGCUUAAUCACAAAUCAACUACUAGAUUUUACUAAUAUUACUACUACAUAUUCCUACAUAUUACUACUUGAUAUUACAAACAACAUACAUAUAUAGCACAAUAUUCGCAGAUUUGUUUUAAGGGUGGAGUACUACUAUAUGGUUAACCUCAAAAAGCUUCAGAACUCCCUUUGGUCCAUUCCAUGCUGUUCGAGUCCAGCACCAAGUCAGCAUCAUCAUCAAGGCUUACACUAUCACCAUAUUGGGUGUUGCAUACAUCAGCAUCAUCGGCACUACCAUAUUGGGUGCUGCAUACAUCAGCCUCACUGAUAUCCA